CUUGUUUAAAUUAUGUAGUCAGCCACACUCUUCUUGGAGAGGCUAUUUGAACUUCUGCUUGUCGAUGGCAUUCUCUGAAGGUGAUUUUGAGAAAGGGAAGAAGCUCUUCGUUCAAAGAUGUGGACAGUGUCACACCGUUGAGAAAGGUGGUCCACACAAAGUAGGACCCAAUCUAAAUGGUUUGUUUGGACGUAAAACUGGUCAAGCUCCUGGGUAUACCUACACUGCUGCCAACAUUAGUAAAGGCAUCAUAUGGAAUGAGCAGACUCUAUUUGAAUAUUUGGAAAAUCCAAAAAAGUAUAUCCCUGGUACAAAAAUGGUGUUUGCUGGUCUAAAGAAGGAAGCUGAUCGCAAUGAUAUUAUUUCCUACCUUAAAGAAGCAACAAAAUGAGAAUAUUCUAAAUAUCUAACUCCUAGAUUUAACUUCGUUGUAGCAGUUCUUUAAUUAACUAAAUGUGUAUAGAAACAUAAAACCUGAGCUUCCAAGUACGUGAAAAUGAAUACUCUUGGCUGUGUAUUUCUGAUCUAUUCUGAGGUCAAUAUACUAUGAUAAUUCAGUUUCUGAGAUUUUUGUAAAAUUAAUACUAGUGCAAACAUAUUAACAUAAUAAUGAACUGUUCAUCUAAUUUCUUCCGUGUAUUCGGAUAUAAUAAGCUUCAAAUGUCCUUAUUGCUAUUAUACUGUUUGCCAAUAGUUUCCGUUUGUUUUCAGUCACUGCUCAAACUAAUUCCUAGUGGAAUAAUAGCUUGGUGGUGGAAUUGAUUGCAGCCAUAUAGUCUCAGGUUCACAUACUACUUUUGUUUAGGUUGUCGGCGGUUAUGUUUCUCAGUUUAAGCUUAAAUAAGUUUUAGUUAUGCUUAUUCGCUUCACAAUAAAUUUCGAGUAAGAAUAAUUCAUCUCAUAGACUAAAAUCAGCAGAAAAAGUGGUCCUCCUGACAAAACAACUGGUUGCAGCAACAAGAGGGAUAUAAAUCUGUAUUCUGACAUACAUCCUACCGAACUUAGUAUGACGGCAUAUUUAAUUCGUUUGCUUUUGCCAUUAUAAAACAAAUUUAAAUCUGUUGUUUGAAAUAAUAGUUCUAUGUAAAUCAGG